AUUGUUGUUGUUGUUGUUAUUAUUAAGUUAGGCUUUCCACUGGGUGGAAACAGUGUUCUCAGAUAGUAUCCUGUAUUGACCACUUUCUGGUGUAAAAUGUCAACUUCCUUCUACAAUCUUUCACACAUAUGCAAACGCUUCCUCUUGCUGUUUUAGCUCACUGUCCCGCAGUCCUGCAGAGGAACAUGUUAGUGUGCGCUGUGUCCUCACUCGGACUCAGUACAGAGGGUUGUUGUUACUCUUUAAAGGCUGAUGUUGGUUUGGUCACAGGCUCCGUUAUGAGACUCUUUUACUGUAACAAUUGUGUGUGUGUGUGUGUGUGUGUGUGUGUGUGUGUGGUUCCACAGAGACCAUCCAUUCAUCUGAAUAUGCCUGUACACUCUGAUCAGGCCCUAUCCCGGCAGACCGCGAGUCUCCGAUGGCGCGGAGCGGGACGUCCCCGAGCCGGGCCCAGCUCUCCUCCCCGGGACACAGGCCCAACACCUGCUGCUUCUGCUGGUGCUGCUGCUGUAGCUGCUCAUGUCUCACUGUUAGGAGAGAAGAUGAGAACCGUGGUAGGCUGAAAGUCCAGGAGACUAAGCUGGAGACCAUAUCAAACUGUGAAGCUUGCACCAAACCGUCGGUGGAGGAGAUGAAGCAGUGGGCUCAGUCCUUCGAUAAGCUGAUGAAGAACCCGGCAGGGCGGAACGUGUUCCGCGAGUUCCUGCGCACAGAGUACAGCGAGGAGAACAUGCUCUUCUGGCUGGCCUGCGAGGACCUGAAGAAGGAGAUUAACAAGAGCGCCAUCGAGGAGAAGGCACGCAUGAUCUACGAAGACUACAUUUCUAUUCUCUCGCCUAAAGAGGUGAGCCUGGACUCGCGGGUGCGGGAGGUGAUCAACAGGAAGAUGCAGGAGCCGACUCCGCACACGUUUGAGGACGCGCAGUUGCAGAUCUACACACUCAUGCACAGAGACUCCUACCCACGCUUCCUCAAUUCCCCCAUCUACAGGUCUCUGGUGCAGGGGGGCUCGCGGUCCUCCUCGGAGUCCUAGAACAGCCCUCCCGUCCCCAACCCACUCUGCCUCUCGCCGCCCGGCCCUCCACACCUUGUGCCAUCGCACAGCCACUAAAAUAGAAAGGACGCCUUCAAGUUCAAGUGGGAUUUUAACCUUCUCGGCAGUUUUUUUGUUGUUGUUUAUUUGUUUGGGGGGUUUUUUUUGGUCACCGACAUUCUUUUUUUUUGUCUCUUUGGAAUUAGCCCCAUAAACUGCACCUCGUGUCUGUUUUGGAAGAAAAAACCUUCCUUCUGGAUGUUUUUGAACUGGCACAGACUGAAACUGGAAGACACAGGGUUGAAGAAGUAGUACCCCCCCCCCCAAAAAAAAUUAUUUCACAGCUACAACUACUGAUCAGAACAAUUAUGUUUUUACUUUUUGUGCUUAUAUUUUCUCUCUCUUUUCAAUAAGUACACAUCAGAACCCAGUUUAGAAGUUGCUGACCAGAGAUGAGAAAGGCUCUGCAAUAAGACAGACUGGAGUCGACGUUCUCCGCUCUGCACCUGACCAGUUUGCCUAUUGCCCAUCACCUCUGACCUGUCCACCGUCUCCCUUCUUUGAUUGGCUCUCCGAGGCGAGGGGUUGAGUGGUGAUUGCGCGGUUCAUUUUUAUGGGACGGCCUGAACGUUUCCCAUGUGCAAAAAAGAAAAAAGAAAAUACUAAAACAAUACAUAGAAUGGCAACAACUGCUACUUACAAAAGGAGAGGAGGACAGCAGAUCUAGUAGAACAUAACAGAGGGGAGAAUCGCCCAGGUCUUAAUUAGACUGGUCACUCACAUCGAUUUUAAACUUAGUAUUCUUCAAAUUAUUUAUUUUCUAUUUGUGUUCUAGUGCAUUCAAACUAAAACCUGGUACGAACGACAAACUGAGCAAGGUCUGUGUGUGUGUGUGUGUGUGUGUGUGUGUAAAUCAUUAAGCAAUGCCCAACCUUCCUGCUACCAUUUAAUUUACAGGUAAUAACAUUCAUCAAAUGGGUCAGGACCCUCCUCAUAUCUCUUCAGGCAGUGGUGGUGGACAAGUUCCAGCAUUCUUUGGGAAUCUUUCACUAGAAUAGCUUGACAUUUUGACAGCCAAACCCCAUAAUGCAGAUGACAUAAUCAGUACCAUUUGGACAACAAUCCAAUUACUUAGCAAAAUGAAUGGGAAUCUACCAGAACUCCAAUUUAAGUCCACUAACUGCACAUUAAUAACGCUGCAGUAAACUUGGUGUGACAGAAAUCAAACUGCCCACGAAUGUCACUAAUGAAUUCAGCUUACUGAGGAAAUAGGGGUUUCCCCUGCCAAAAUGUGCUGUCUCAUUUCAAAAACGAGUUUCACAUAGGCUGUACUAUAACGCUGCAGGAAGCAGAGGAGAAGCUUCCACUCGGAAGCUUUGAAAUCAGACAGUAAUGGUGUAAAACAGUUAUACAGGCCAGUCCAACACACACACACACACACCACUUUAACCCCCGUUGUGUAUUGUGCUGAUAUUGAUGGUACCGUAUGUUUAGAAGCAGGGCUUGGAAACAAGCUGUAUCCUUUUUGGUCUGAUAUUUGUGUGUGUGUGUGUGUGUGUGUGUGUGUGUGUGUGUGUGUGUGUGUGUGUGUGUGUAUGUGUGUGUAUUUUUGCGCUAGCUCACCUGCUACCCCCAAUUACCUACUUAACCUAUACAGCAAACAUGUCGAAUCUAGGUCCAUAUUCUACUAUAAGAGUCUAGAAAGAGUAAUUGCUGUAAAUCAGAUCAAUUACUUUGGUUACAUUUCAACUCAUUCAUUCUUGUACUCGGGGAAAUUGGGAAGUUCCUUUGGGAAUGAUUGAACGUGGCAGGGUGGUGCUUAAUACCAAAAGGACAGUACCAGUGCCAGGCGACUGCAACCACUAACACGUAAACCAUGUACAUAGACCAGACGGCCCGUAGAUGAAUAUUUACCCAGUCACGGGCCGUCCCAGCCCCAUUCCUGCAGCUCCGUGUCAGAGUUUACAGAGGGUUCUGCUUCAGAGGCAAGACUCAGCCAUCCGUCUGGGCCACAGCGCUGGCCAAUCGCGAACGGCCCCGCCCGGCCUUUCUCCGCAGCACCGGUUAGCUGCUGUCUCACGCACAAGAUGUUUUCUUUUUACACAACAUACGAGCUCGGUUCACUUUUUUUUUCUUUUUUUUUUUGACUCUCCACUCUGUGGCGGUUCCCUUUCAAGUGAGAGGAGGAUGCCACAGAACCCCUAAUCCAGUCACGGCAGUCCUGCCUCACCCCACACAUUGGGGGGAGGGUCAUUUUCACCUGGCACGGUGGCAUCACUCGUGAUAAACGUCAGGAUUCAUCGCUUGGACACCGCGUGCCAUGUGUCUGCCAAGCAGUCCACCUGAACUCCACUUUGCAGUGACUCUCUCUAGAGAUUGGAAAUAAAGAGAUUCGUUUGAACUAAUGCUGGUGCUAACACACGCCCUCUGUGUUUAUACAUUUCAGAAUGUGAAUCUGCUAGGUAACUGCUGCUCUGUGCGUGCGCGUGUGCGCGCGAAAAUGGCCAAAUCAGAAAAAAGGCAGUUUCAUGAUUCCUCCACCCCACUAUGGCACUGAUUUAAUACUUUUUAUCAUUCAUUGGAUUUGUGUACCGCCAUUUCUACUUGAGUAAUGCAGACACACCGUUCUGGUUCCUCCUCCCAGAUGUCAAGGGUGGGGACUAGUUUUGAGCAAACUGACUCUAGUGAAUCUAAUUUAGUGCCAACUGAUCUUACCUCUCUAAUGUCAUAUUACAAAUCAUCAAGAACCGUGUACGUCCACCAGUCUCGACCAGAGAGUGGUGCACUGGUAAUUCAUGCCAAGUCCAACAGUUGACUAUUUAACGUGGACGGGCCCUCACCUCCUUCUAGGCUCCAUUAUCGCCUUACACUUCAAAUCACAGUUGUAAAUAUCUUUUCCAUGUAGAAUAUAAAGAUUUAUAUUCAAUAAAAUAUGUCAAAAACAUAUUUAAAUUUAAAAAUAGAAUGAUAAGUUCUAUUUAGAGUAUUUAGUAAUUUGGCAACUUUGCCAAAAUAGGAUUUAGAUGAAUUUCAUAUACUGUGGUACAAAAAUACUUUAUUAACUCAAAUGAACCACCCAGUGUGCAUGAACAUGUACAUUUUAGUAUGUAAUUAUGUAACAUAUGUCUAAAAGUAUACAAUGUGUGUGUGUG